GAGGGGCGGCUGUUUAAGGUAGCUUACGUUAGCCACUCGUCCAUGUUCCUUUUUAGCGCACGGUCGGAAACCAGUGUUUCUUUUAGUCUGAUAUGAUAUUAUAGUCAAAUUUCCUCUUCGACUCGUCUCGGUCGACGUGUAUGGAUCGUCAGAAGUCAACGCGUCUCUGAACAGACUCACAGGUAACGUAACGAAAAUGCCUCUUCACGGUAAGAUAGUCGUGAUCAAGCGGAGCGGAGGCGACGGGACCGAGUUUCCGCUCACCGCCACAUGCUUGUUCGGGAGGAAGCCGGACUGUGACAUUCGCAUUCAGCUUCCUCAAGUCUCCAAGGAGCACUGCAGAAUUGACCUGAAUGAAAACAAAGAGGUCGUUUUGACGAAUUUGAGCUCGGUGAAUCAGACCCGCGUCAACGGAGAGGUUCUGCAGCAGUCCGAGCGUUUGAAGCACGGAGAUGUGAUAACCAUUAUUGACCGUUCUUUCAGGUUUGAGUAUCCUCCAGCGCCGACACCAAAGAAGAGGUCUUCAGUGGGAGGAAAAACUGACACACUCAAAAUUCGUCAAGAUCAGCAAGUGGUGGACACGGUCACUGUUGAAACAGGUGAAAAGAGGAACUCUGAGGUGUUCACAGAUGGAACUAAUAAUGACAACAUCCAGCGAGCCCUGGAGAAAACGGUGGAGGUGGAGUCCAAGGAGGAUGGUAGCCUGCUGCAAGAAAAGACCAUCUCCCCCUUCAGUGAUCUGUAUCAAAUGAUCAAAAGGUCUUUGGAUGUCAAGACUCCUCGGAAAUCUUCUGCCAGUCUGCUUCAAACACCCACCUCAAGGUUUUGUACUCCAUUACCUGCUUCAGUCAGGAAAAAUGAUGGACAAGCUGCAAUUUCCACAGAAGACAAAAGCACUCCGAAGAAGGAUGAAACUGAAGUCUUCCCCGAAGCUGAUGAAACCAAGGCAGAGGUUGAGGGUGCUGGUAAUGGGACCCCAAAGUCUGCUAAGAGGCAGAGGAAGUCCGUCCAGUUAGCUUCUGAAAACCCAGGACCUGCAGCUGAAGAACCUGAUCACACAAUCAAGUCUGAAGCAACUUCACCUCAGAGGAGAAACCGUGCAACCCCUCAGAGGUUUACUGUGUGUGAGGCUUCCGCUCAAAGGCCAAAGUCACCAAUGAGAAGAAGGAGCAAGGAGGACACACCGGCCAAACCUGCAGUGUCAAAGGAACAGGAGCCAGCGGUGGCCACUGUCAACACAGAGCCUCUUCGAAGGACAUCACCAAGGAACGCGGGGAAAGCUGAAAAGGCGAAAGAGAUGACCAAAAAACGCAAAAGUGGAGAACUUGCGGCUGACCUGCCCACGCAAAAAAUGAAGAAGAAACGCGUUUCCUUUGGACUUCAACUGAGCCCAGAGUUAUUUGACAAACGUCUGCCUCCCGACUCUCCAUUACGUAAGGGAGCUGCCCCGCGGAGAAGCUUGAGUCUGUAUAGACCCAAACAGUCACUUCUUCGCAGAGCAUCGGUCAUUGGCUUACUAAAGGAAUUUGAACAAGAUGUGCAAAGUCCUACAAAAAAGGGGACACCAUCCCCUAAAAAGUCAUCAAGCCCCAAGAAUGCUUCUCCUAAGACCCCUACACCUGGAAAGAAAUCCCCCAAAUCAAGGUCCUCUUCUCCCAAGGCAGCAUCUCCUGGAAAGAAAUCGCCAAAGUCUCCCUCAACCCCCACAGUGCAAGGGCGCUUCUCUGUGUCUCGCAUCAGCACGCCAUCUCCGAUUGCAGAAGAUGUUGUUCCUGACCAGAUGCCUUUGGUCACCGUUACCCCAAAAAUUCCUCUGAGGAGGAAGAGCAUGAAGAGCGCCUCACGGAAGACACCAAGUGUGGCCAAGAGCGCUGCAAAAAUAAUGCGUAGGAGUGGUUUUUCACGGGCCUCAAUGAAAGUCCAAAAUUCCUGGGCAGAAGUUGUGAAAUUUGGUCAAACUAAGGUUCAAGUGGCUGCUCCGGCUAAGAAAACGGCCAGCAAGAAGAGCACUGUGAAGAAAGCCGUGUCCAAACCACAGACACCUGCAAGAAACCCCUGUUGUCACGUCAGCACUGGACAUGCUGAUUCGCCCAUCACCAUUGUUGUGGGCAGAGCUUACAAACAAAAGGCGUUACAACCAACCGGAGCUGCACCACGAGUGGUCACCAAUACCGCACUGUUCAGAAAGAACAUGAAAAUGGACGAGGACUUGACUGGAAUUUCUGAUAUGUUCAAAACCCCCGUAAAUGAAAGGAAGAGGAGAUCUGUCGCCUGUAACAGUGCCACCGAGACGCCAAUGGGAGUUUUGGGAACAUCUGUGGCAGAACCAUCAGUUCUAAACACACCAGAGGGGCCAGGGGAAAUGAUAGUGUCUCCACUGAAUGUGGCAUCUGCAUUGAUGGGCAGCAGUUACAACAGUGAAGCAGUACAACGCCUCCUUAAUGAAGAUCAAGACUGUAGCUUUGUCAGUGAGAUCCCUGCCUCAGAGGUUCACUCUGAUGAAUCGAGUGAGCAGCAGUGCAACGCUGUGAAGACGACCCCUGUGAAAACUCCCAAGCAGAAACCAGAACAACCAGAGUGUCUCACUGGAGUCAAGAGGAUCAUGAAGACUCCAAGACAGAAAGCUGAACCUGUGGAGGACAUCAGAGGAAAUCUUCUGGUAACUCCCAAACAGAAGCUUGAACAACAAGAGUGCCUCACCGGAGUGAAGAAAAUUUUCCAGACCCCACAACAGGAAGCUGAACCUGGUAAACUUCCAGAGCUCGUGGAGGAACCUCCAACUGAUCCUUCAGGGCGACUGGAACCAGAUGAGACUGAAGAUCAAACUCCUCCAGCUUGUGAUUUAGACACAGCAAAAGAACUAGACUUUGCCAACGAGGAGCCACGAGAAGAUUCUCCUUCAGAUGUGAUCGAUGUUCUCAGGGUUGACAUUGCAAAAGAAGCUGAUGCGGAUGAAGUUGUUAAUAACCACACAGAAGAGGUGCCAAGUGAACACAAUAAUGACGAAUCCUCAGAUGUCAUGGAAACGAUCUCUCAGACGACUGUUGACAAGAGCAUACCCGAGGAACAACCCAAAGUAGAAGCUGCCGCUGAGAGCAUACCUGAGGAACAACCCAAGGAAGAAGCAGUGGUUGAGAGCAUACCUGAGGAACAACCCAAGGAAGAAGCAGUGGUUGAGAGCAUACCUGAGGAAGAACCCAAGGUAGAAGCAGUGGUUGAGAGCAUACCUGAGGAAGAACCCAAGGUAGAAGCAGUGGUUGAGAGCAUACCUGAGGAACAACCCAAGGUAGAAGCAGUGGUUGAGAGCAUACCUGAGGAACAACCCAAGGUAGAAGCAGUGGUUGAUGGUUUAUCUGAGGAACAACAGGGAAUGAUUGACACUACAGCUGGCGAAGUCACAGAAAUGGACACAACUGCUGUGGAUCCCGUCCAUGAGAAGAAAUCUGUUCGAGGUCGCAGGGCAAAAGUGGUGGAAUCUGAGGCAGCUGAGGAUGAACAAGAGGAAACAGAACAUUCUGAGGAACCAGCCGCCCCGGCUCCAGUCAGAGGAAGAAGAGGGAAGAAAACUGAAACCACAGUUCCAUGCACUGUUGGACAAACGACAAGAACAAGAAAUGCGAGGACAACUGAACGCAGGGAUGAUGAUCUUGCAGUGGAAGAAAGUGCCCCUCAGCCUUCUAAAGUUGCCGUUAAGCCUAAAAGAGGAAGAAAUGCCAAAAAGGCUUCAGAUGAUCAGGCUGACAUGGUGCAAGAGGUUGCUACUGAAUCUGAAAUGGUACCAGAAGAAGAGAGCAAACCAAUCCCCCCAGUGGAUGUCGACCACAAAGCAAGUGACAGUGCAGCACCUCAGGAGACAAUUGUGUCAAAGCCCAAGCGAGGGAGAAAAACUAAACAAGAAUCUGACCAGUCUCAAUCGUUGCCAGAGCAGCAAGAUGUGCCUCAUGUUUCUCAAGCUGAUGUGGACAAAGAUGCAAAUGGAGUCUGCAGUGACCAGCUGGAGAUGGUACCCAGUGGAAAUGAUGAAAGUAAAUCAGUAGACGCAAUGGAGAGUGUUCCCCAUGCACCUGUAAUCGAGAGUUUACCUGAAGCGGACGCAGAAACUUGCAAAGUCACAGACACGGAUGAAGCCAUCGUUGUGAAGAAAACCGUUAGAGGCCGAAGAGGAAAAAUGGUGGAAUCUAAAACAACAGAAGAUAAACAGGAGGCCAAGGAACUUUCAGGAGAGCCUGUGGCCCCUGUCCCAGUCAGAGGAAGAAGAGGGAAGAAAGCUGAGGCUACUGCAACACCUGCUGUCAGACAAACCACAAGAACCAGAAAUGCAAAGGCUCAAGGGAGCGCCUCUGAUGACAAACCAGAAACUGUCCCAGAGAAAUCCCUGGAAACCGGACCCGAGACUGAGAUUUCCACCAAAGCUGUGAGUGAUGAGACUCCUCUUAUAAAUAUCAGUCAAGAAGAAAAUGAUUCUGCGUCCCCUGCAGAGGAAGCUGUUGUGAAGCCCAUUCGGGGAAGAAGAACCAAACAAGCACCUGUUGAGCCACAUCAGCCAGAACCAGAGAAAAAUGAAGUGAGUGAUGAGCCAAUUACCAUUGUUGGAAAACCUAGAAGAGGGAGAAAGACGAAACUUGAUACCACUGAACAAAUAGAGAUUGCAGAAGACGCAGUUGUUGUUGUGGAGACUGAGCAGCAGCAGCAGCAGUGUCAGCUUCCAGUCAGGGCCAAGAGGGGAAGAAAUGCCAAACAGGAAGAAGAAAAGCAAGAGAACGAUGGCGAGACCAUUUCAACUGAGACUCCUGAAGCCCAAGAGCCAGUUAAAAAAUUGAGGAGAACCAGGAAAACUGAGGAAGAACAGGUCAAACCAAGCGAAGAAGAAGAAGAAAUCCACACUGAUGAAAUGGUUGUACCCGUUGAGGCUGAAGCGUUACUAGUUGCUGAACCACUGGAGAUGAAUGAGCCGGCAACUCUGACCACAAAACCCAGGAGAGGCGGACGUAAAGCCAAACAAUCCACUGAGAAUGAAACCGCUGUUGUGUCCACGGAGGUUCAAGAAGCGCCUGCUGUCAAACCCAAACGAAGUAGGAGAGGAAAAGAGGUGGCUGAAGAGGUUGAAGUCACUGCUGAAGUUCCAGAGGAGAAAUUGGACCCUGAGCUGGAGGCUGAGGAGGAGAAAAGUGUUGAGCCAGACGCUCCAGUCAUUAAACCUACCAGGGCAAGAGGGGUGAAAACUUCUGUGAAAAAUGAGGUUCCACAAGUCGUUCCAGUCAAGAGGGCACGGAGAGGGGCUGCUCCUUCCCUCGACGACACCAGUGCAGAGUCCACAGUCCUGGUUUCAUCGUCUGUUCCAACCUCGGUGGAGCCAGCUAAAAGAGGAAGGCGGCCAGCAGCAAAGCCCACAACAGAAGAACCAACCGUGAUCGGUGACCAGGGAAAUCCCUGCGACGAUUUAGGCAGUGCUGCUGCUGAAGACAUCAAAGUGUCCAAGAGAUCUGUCAGGUGGAAAGCAGACAAGGAAGUCUUCCAAAUUCCAAAAGCAACACCCGUAAAAGCUGUUCGAGGCAGGAAGUCAAAACUUGUUGAACAAGAUGACACCAACAAAACUGAAGAGAAGGAUCUCUCAGAGGAAGUUGUUGAAGCUCAGCCCAUCAAGAGAGCCAGGCGAGGGGCAAAGGUCGCUGAUGAAACUGAGUCCUUGAGUACAGUGGACCCCAAGAAAGGUGCUGAAGCUGAGACUCAGCCGAAAACCCGAAGAGGAAGAUCGGCGAAGAAAUAAAAGCAUAUGUAUAUAUUCUUAACCAAAAGGAAGUUUUUCCCUCAUAACAUUUUGUGUUUGUCAUAUUUUAGACCUUACUGUGUUUUAGAAGCUAGUUUUGAGUGAAAAUCGAGCACUAGAUAUUUUUUUCUCCUCUCCAAGACGGCAGGGAAAUUUGUCUCAAAUGUUCAUUUAAUGUCAAGUUGUAUGUAAUUCAUGACUGAUUUUACAACAAUUUUUUAUGGUGGAAAAAAGUUAAUUAAAUUGUUUUUACAAUGAA